AGUCACAGACAUCAUCAAUAAGUAUUUCUCUGAGGGCCAUACAUAUGAAGUGAUCCUGGACUUUCUUGAAAACAAGCAUAAUAUUUGUAUGAGUCUGAGAACAUUAAAGAGGAGGCUAAAAGAUGCUGGAAUGACUAGAAGGACUGACUUUACUCCCACUGACAUUGUCAUUUCCACUGUUACACAAGAACUGAGAGGCUCAGGUCAGCUUCUGGGUUACAGAUCCAUGUGUCAGACACUGCGACAAAAGUAUAAUCUAACAGUUAAAAGAAAUGAUGUAAUGCACAUACUCUCAAGACUAGAUCCAUAUGGUGUUAAGCGUCGCUGUAAACGCCGGUUUGUUCGAAGAGGAUAUUUUUCAGAAGGACCAAAUCAAGUGUGGCAUGUGGAUGGAUAUGAUAAGCUGAAACCCUUUGGUGUUGCUAUUAGUGCAUGUGUCGAUGGAUUUUCAAGGAAAGUUAUGUGGCUCAACUGUGGCAGCUCAAAUAAUGACCCAGGUGUUAUUGCAAAAUAUUAUAUGGAGUGCGUGACACGGUUUGGUCAACUUCCAGCAUGCCUUCGUACAGACUGUGGCACAGAAAAUGGCACAAUGGCAGCCAUUCACUGUGCUUUAAGAUCAGACCAUGGAGAUGAACUUGCAGGAGCCCACAGUCAUAUGUAUGGCACCUCAACUACAAAUCAACGGAUUGAAAGUUGGUGGUCUUCGUUCAGAAAGCAAAGAACUCAGUUCUGGAUUGAACUCUUCAGUGACCUGAGGGAGAGGCAUCUUUUCAACGGCAGUCAUGAACAUAAAUGCCUUCUACGAUAUGUCUUCCUCAAUGUCUUGCAAAAAGAGCUUGACGAGUACAGAGAUCUCUGGAACACUCACACCAUCCGACCUGUGCGCCAAUCUUGUUGUCCAUCUGGUAAACCAGAAGCCAUGUAUCACCUACCUCAUAGGUAUGGUGGAAGACAGUGUGGAUUCCAAGUGCCUCAAGAAAUCCUGCACCAGUUUGAUGACAUUCUACCUGCUCAGUACAGUCUAUGUGGGGACGACAAUCUCCAGGUUCAUUUCACAAACUUGGAAAGACAGAGUGAGCUCCCUCGACCAGUCAACUGGACUACUGCAGUUGAAAAUUAUAUAACACUCAAAAAUAUGACUGGACUUUAGAAGUCAAUGUAAAAUCAUCUGCUAGAUGUGGGUACAAUUACCACUGACACUAAUUGUCACAAACCAACUUUAAUGAGCAUUUAGGUAAAAAAAAUAGUACCAUAGUUUUUAUAUAAAUAGUU